AUGGGUGAAUUAACAUACUUCCUUGGUUUACAAGUCAAGCAAACUAAGGAUGGAAUCUUCAUUCACCAAUCCAAAUACUGUAAUGAUUUGCUGAAAAGAUUCAAAAUGCUGGACUGCAAAGAUGCUGCAACUCCCAUGGCAACAAAUUGUUACUUGGAUCUUGAUGAGGCCUGGAAAAAUGUUGAUCAAAAAUUGUAUAGAGGUAUGAUUGGACCACUUCUUUAUCUUACUGCUAGUAGGCUUGACAUAAUGCACAGUGUUUGUCUCUAUGCUAGAUUUCAAUCUGCACCUAAAGAAUCACAUCUUACAAUUGUAAAAAGAAUUUUAAAGUACCUUAAAGGUACCAAAGGCCUUGGACUAUGGUAUCCAAAUGGCACAAAAACUUUUCUAAAUGGCUAUAGUGAUUCUGAUUUUGGAGGUUGCAAACUAGACAGAAAAAGCACUAGUGGCACAUGUCACUUACUUGGAUCAUCAUUGAUUUCUUGUCAUUCAAAGAAACAAGCAUGUGUGGCUUUAUCUACCACAGAAGCUGGGUACAUAGCAGCAGGAAGUUGUUGUGCAGAGUCUCUUUAG